AUGUCUGAGAAGAAGACUGCCGAGGGCCAUGAGUAUAAGGUUGGUAGUGGUAUCUCCAAUGGCUUGCCAUUCCCCCUCAACGUUCUCCGAGAAGUCAAGUUUGACCCUCCCCUGAGCGCUACUAGAGAUGAAGUAGCACGCAUUGGCCAGGUUCACAACGGAGCUAAGAUUCACUUCAAGAUUGGCGCCUUAGAGACUCGUCCCUUGUCUGUCUUGCGCUAUCCAAAGGCUAGAAUGGUGACCACACUGGGUGACGGUCGCACCAAAAGUAACGGCAGCCGUCACAUGGUUGCAUUUGGGAGAAACGAUGCUUCGUUGAGCACAGAAGACGAUGCCAAGUCAUUCUAUGACGACGCACGCGAGGUCUACCCCGAUAUGCCAGUUGAAAAAGUGCUCUGGCACGAUUGGAGCCGUGACGAAUUGGCCAAAGGCGGUUGGUGCAUGUAUCGUCCUGACUUUGCCUUCCGAUAUCAGGACGCAUUGAGGAGGAGAGCCGGCAACGUUCUGUUUGCCAGUGCAGAUUGGGCAUUGGGUUGGCGUGGGUUUAUCGACGGUGCCAUUGAGGAGGGAACCAGGGCUGCGUUUGAAGUUAAGAACGAGCUGAUGUCCCCCCAUGCCACCAAGGCGAGCCUGUAG